AUGAGUUUUGUUAAAGGUGCAAUACACGUUUCAAUUUUGAAUAACUACAUGGACUUCUAUAAAGAAAGUACGGUAGAUAAAAUUGAAACGUCAUUUUCCAUAAGAAAUAAUAACGAAUCUAAUACUAAAAAUAAUGAAAAAAGGAAGUCCUCCUUAUGUAUUAUGAACGACGAAGAAAAAAUGAAAAACAAAAUAUCCAAGUGUAUAAAGAACAACAAUUUAUAUAAAAAUAAGAAAAAGCGAAGGAAGGAAAAAAAUAUAAUAAGUAAUAAAUCCAGAAGUAAGAAAUUUUUAAAGUUCAACAUAAAAGGUAAGGAUAAAAAGAAUAACAUAAAUAGCAACAUAUACAACAAUGCAAAUAACAACAAAUUAAAAAUUAAAAAUAAAAAUAAUAAUAAUAAUAAUAAUAAUAAUAAGAUUAAUAGUUGUUGCAGAAAUGUUUAUAAAGGAUCCACAAAUAAAAGAAAUAGUAAAUUAUUAUUAAAUGGGGAAAUAAAACAUGAUGAAAUAUUUCAUACAAAUAUUGAUAAUUCAUUUAUUUGUAUGAACAAAAAUGAUAUGAACUUGAUCAGAAAAUGUAAAGAGAAUAACCAUCCAAUAAAACAAAUGAAUACAAAAAUAAAGAAAAAGAAAUAUAAUAAAAAAAAUGUAUUAAUAUCAAAACAAAUAAACAAAGAAAUUCAAAUGUUAAAAAGUAAUAAUUCGUACAUUAUGUAUCAUAUGAAUGAAAAAAGAAAUAUUGAAAAAGAAAAAAAAAAAAAAAAAUGUAAGAAAAUUGUGAAAUCUAUUUUGUAUAAUAGAAAAAGGUCACAUUAUUAUAUAUCUAAUUUUUUAAAAACAUGUAUGAAGAUAAAGAAUAAUAAAAUACAAAAGAAAUUAAAAAAAUAUGUAUACCUGAAAGAUAUAUAUUCAACUAUAAAUAUGUCUAACAAACAAACUUGUAAUAAUUUAAAUGAACAAAAUAAAUCUCAAUUCUUUUUUGACGAUUUACAAAAAGUACGACAAGUGAACAAGUGUGAUAAUAAAUUAUAUAAAAUGAAUUUUAAAAGUUUAAAACAUCAAACCAAUGGAAAGAAAAAUAAUAUAAAAGAAAAUGAUAAUAACAAUAAUUUUUAUAAUGAAGAUAAUAGUAUAGCAGAAAUUCUUAGUGAUGAUUAUAUAAUAUUAAAUAAAAACAAAUCUAAUAAAAUGGAAAAUAAAAUAUAUAAUAAUGUUAUUAAUCAUAGACAUAGUAGUGAGGAUAUAUAUUUGAACCACUCAAAAUCAAAAGAAAAUAAUAAUAAUUUAGUUAAUUCAUAUGUUAUGAAAGAAAACAAUAUGGAAGACAAAGAAUUAAUGAAUGAUAAUGAGAAAAAAGAAGGACAAUUGAUUUUAAAAAAUGUAAAUAAGAAAAUACAGUUGUGUAAUGAAAGCAAAUUAGAUAAUGAAAAAAAGAACAAAGGGGAUAACAUAAAAUUGGGUAAUACAAAAAAUAAAGAUAAUAUUUAUAAAUAUCUUAAUGUGUUGUCUAUUAAUAAAUUAAUAAAAGGAGAAACAUAUUUGGAAAAAAGAACAAAAAAAAGUGAUAAUAGUAAUGAGCAUAAAAAUGAUAAUAUUUAUGAUGAUAAAAAAAUAAAAUAUAAAAGUGUUGAAAAUGACACUUCAGAAUUGUUAGAUAAAAAUAUUGACAAUAGUAAUUUCUUUGAUGAAGCAAAUGAGAAAAAAAAAAAAUUAAAAAAAAAAAAAAUGAACACUUGUGUUAAUAAAAAUGUAAUGGAUUAUGUUAAUGAGGAUGAAUAUUAUCUUGAAGAAAGAGUAAAAAAGAAAAGGAAAAAAAAAAAAAAAGAUAACAAAAAAUAUAAUAUCAAAAAUAAAAAUGAAAGUGAAGAGAUAUUUGAAGAUGUUUCAAGUACAAAUAGUUGUAUUGAUAGUAAUAAUAGUGGUACCUUUAUUUAUGAUGAAGAAAUAUGUAAGCAUGUUAUUAAUAAGGGUAAUAUUAUUAGCAACAAUAAUAAUAAUAAUAAUAAUAAUAAUUAUAUUGUAUUAACAGGUAAUGAAAAGAAUAUGAAUGCUGAGGAGAUAUCAGAAUAUAUUACAAAACAAGGUUUGAACUUCAAAGAAUAUCUUAUAUGGAAAGAAAUAAAGAUUAAAGAAAGUAAAGAACUUAUUCAUUUAAAUUUGGAUUCAUCCUUUAGUGUUUCGAAAGGUGCUGGAUUAUAUAAUUAUGGUCAGAAUAUAUGUUUUUUUAAUAGUAUUAUUCAAGCUAUUAUAAGAAUACCAUAUAUUUGUAAAGAUUUAUUAAAUAAAUUACAUUCAAUAAAUUGUGAAAAAAGGAAGAAAAAAACAUUUUGUUUUUAUUGCUUAUUUGAACAAUUUGCCUGUAAUAUUAUAUCAAAAAAAAGUGUAAUAAAAAAUGUAUUAAUACCUUAUAUAAAAAAAUAUAUGUGUAAUAGUUAUCAUAUAGGUUAUCAAGAAGAUGUACAUGAAUAUUUAAGAUAUUUCCUAAACUCUUUAGAAAAGACAUCUUUUUUUUCUUCAAUAUAUAUACAGAAAAUGUUUACAGGGGUAUCAAAAAAUGUAACCAUAUGUAUGAAUUGUAAUAAUGUAUCGCUUAAAUAUGAACAAUAUUAUGAAUUAUCUUUAGAUAUUAGUUCAUCUAAUAAUUUAGAAGAUGCUUUAAAGCAUUUCUUAUCUAAGGAGAUGCUAGCAGGUGAAAAUGGAUAUUAUUGUGAAAAAUGUAAAAAAAAAAAAAAAGCAACAAAACAAUGUGUUAUUAAUAAAUUACCAAGAGUUUUAACUAUACAGAUCAAAAGAUUCUUUAUGAACUCAAAUUUUGAUAUAGUAAAAAAUCACAAAAAUAUAUCUUAUCCAUUAUAUUUAGAUAUGAAAUAUUAUGUAAAUAAUUAUGAUCUGUUUGAAAAUAAUUUUAAUAAUAAUGUUAUAUCGUUAUAUGAAAAAAUGAAUAAAACAAAUUGUGUAGGAAGUACAACAAAUGGACCUAAUAAAAAAAAUAACAAAAUAUAUCAUCAGAAUAAUUCGUGUAAUAUAAAAAGUAAUAACCACUUUGUUCAUACUAAUUAUAAUAAUAAAGGACAAAAUAUUCUAACACCAGAAAAAUUAACACAACAAAAUAUAAUACCAGAACAUUCAUUUAGCAAAAAUAAAGUAAAUUACGAAAAUGAUUUUUUCCUAAAUAAUAUGAAUAAAAAAAGAGAAUGUUCAAAUGAUGAUAUCAUUUCUAAUAUUAAUAAAAAUGAAAAUAUAUUUUUUAAUAAUAAAGAUAAAGAAUAUAUGAUAAAUGAAAAAUAUAUGAAUACUAAUCAAUGUAUUAAAUUAAGAGGAGGAAAUCAUAAUAUAAAUAUGCACGUCCUAAAAAUUAUUGAAAAUAUUUUAAUUGAUCUCAAAGAAAGUAUGUGUCAAAAACAAAUACAAAAUAAAUUGACAUCAAAAGUGUUAAGAAAUAUGAUACGAGAAAAAAAAAAACUACUCAUAAAACAAUUAAAGAAAAUAAAAUUUUCCAAAUUAUAUAAAGAUAUAUCUUUAAGGAUAUCUAAAGAUAUUGAUAUGUUAUAUUAUUAUUUUAAAGUAAAUAGAGAAAACGAUCAAUUUAAAAAAAUUAUAUAUAAAUAUAAAAUAGAUUAUUAUGAAUAUUAUGUAGGAUCUACAAAUAUCAAUGCAGAUUUUAUAAAUUAUAAUCAUAAUUUUGAUUCUCCUGCUAAAGAUCAUCAUAAUAAUAACCCUCAUCAAAAUAAUGAUGAAAAUAAUAAUCGACAUUCAAAUGUAAAUUUCAAAGAGGGGAAUGCAAAAAAUUCUAAUAAAAAAAACAAUUAUUUUUCAUUCGAAUUAACUGGACUAAUUAAACAUAUAGGUUCUGGAACAGAUUAUGGACAUUAUAUCGCUUUAACCAAAUCUAAUAAUAAUAUAUAUUUACAAUGUGAUGAUAACCAUAUUUCAUAUAUUAAUAAAAAAGAUAUACUAAACUGUGUAAAGAAUGCAUACGUUUUUAUAUAUACAUGUAUAAAUCCGGAAUUUAUCGAUUUUUAUAAUAAAUAUGUUGAUGUUUUAGAAAAAAAAAAUUUCGACAUCAAUUUACCUGUUUUUGAAAAGAGAGUAAAAUUCAAAGAAAGAAUAACAAUGCCAAAGGAAAAAUUUAUAAAUAAAUCUUUGUGUUAUUAA